GCAACCAUGAGCGUUGAGGAGUUGAGAUAUCAGUUCUCACAGCACUAACAGCGCACAAUUCUCCUUUGUUGAACAAAGUACACAUUCGAAAGACAAGCCGCUCGAAAGAUUAUCUCCACCAUGAUGCGUUGCCAACAUCUCGCCCUUUUCUUCACUCUCCUUGCUUUCCUUGCCGUUGGCUCGGAUGCCCGUUUGUCGUCGCAGGUGACCAAGACGCAGAAGAAGCGUCAUUUGCAGAACAAUGGCUACAACUACGGGUACUACAACUACCAAGACCAAGGCAAUCAAGGCAAUGGGAACUACAACAAUGGAAACUACAACGGGAACAAUGGAAACUACAACAAUGCCGGUGACGAUCAGAACAAUGGCAACAAUGAUAACAACAACGCGAACAACUACAACAACGGCGGCAACUACAAUUACAACGGCCAGAACAAUGGAUACUAUGACAAUCAGGGCAACUACAACGAGCAAGGCCAGGAAGAAGGCUCACAAGACCAAGAGGCUGAGCAAGGGUCACAAGAUCAAGAUUACUAUUACCAAGAUCAAUACCAAAACCAGGACUACGACUUUGACGCUCAGAGCGACGUCACCGAUGAUGGAUUCCAUGUUGAGCAGAUGACAGUCGAGAACUACAAAAAGCUCUUGAAGGUUCACGACAAGAUGGAAGCAUUCAGGCUGGCCACCAUCCUUCUCUGCGUCGUUGUUGUCUAUCUGAUGCUUUACGUUGCGUAUUUGCGCUGGGUUGUCCGUUCCUAUCGCGAAAGCACCGACAAGGACGCGAAGACAGUGGCUUCCACGACCCAAACGGUUUCCAAAGCUCCCCUUACGAACUACGAGAGGGCUUGAGCGUGUCGUAGUUGUUAACUGAACCUACAUAUAGUGAUAUCGUUUUGAG